GUCAUUUGCUGUAUAUUGACCCACAUCCCACACCCGUCGAGUCUAGGGCAUUAUCCCUCUCUCAGAACCCAGUCCUACAACCCAGCUUCAGCUAACAAUGGCAGAUACAGGGGCCCCGAAAAUGAAGCUGUACUGGUUUCCUCAAUACCGUUCCGUCCGAAAUAUCUGGCUUAUCAAAGAAAUGGAUGUUGAGCAAAACUUUGAGUUUAUCCGCUACGAGCCUAAUGACGAAAACGAACCCGACGUCGUCGCCGCCUACCUCAGGGACGUCCACCCCCACGGAACUAUCCCCGCCCUGGUCAUCCCCGGGGAGGGGACCAUAUUAGAGUCAGGGGCCAUCAACAUGUACCUGGCAGACAGAUACGGGAAACUCGUGCCGGACCCCAAGGACAGGAAGGACUAUUACGAUUUCAUCAUGUACGGCAAUGCCACUCUGGAUGGGCUCAUAGACUUCUUCUACGAGCUGUGGUACAAGAAGGCGCCCUUCAGUGAAGAGAAGGGGAAGAAGAUGAGAGACAAGUUUGACGCGUGUAUGGACUACCUGGCCAAGAGGCUGGAGAACAGGGCAUUUCUCUGCGGGGACAAGUUUACUGCGGCUGACACAGUGCUGGGCUAUGACCUGUUCCUCUUCAGGCUGUUCAAUGAUGGCGAACUUCUCAAGAACCACCCCAAGAUCAGAGAGGGAUAUUACGCUCGACUUGAGAAAAGACCGGCCUUUCAAGCAGCAAUCACCAUGGCUUAAACGCUCGCUUUGUUAGAUCCAGGUAGUUAUGAAGGACCAAGAGUUAUUACGUGUUGUGUAUGACGUUUCCUUGAAAAAAAUUGGACGAAGCAUUCUUUAAGGUUUCUCUUAAAACUGUUUGAUUAUUCUUACUUAUCAUGUAAUAUGUACUGAACUCGUUAGUGCGAAAAGGACAGAGCGUUGUAUGUCAUCUGUUGAAAAACAGCAGGAUGUACCGAACUUCCUUUAACUCGAAGAAGACAACAGUGUGUUGCAAUCGUCUGAUGCUGUAACGGGUCACUACGUUGUUAAUUUGUGACAUGAGGACAUUCCUGGUUGGAAUUGGUCCCCAGCAAACUAUGCUUGUCGCAAGAGGUGGCUUAUGGGUCGGGUAGCCAUACUUGGUUGAUUGCGUUUCAUUGUACCCCGACGUUAGGAACGUUUUUCAAAAUGCCAACCACUGGUUUGUCUAGCCCAGACAUAUAUACAGGAGGCCGUAUAAUGUUGGAAUAUUGUCAAUUGCGAUGUAAAACGUUCCUGUCCAGUAUAAUGUACCCAUUAGAACUAACGCAACCCCCAAAGUAACACACACACACACACACACACACACACACACACACACACACACACAGCCGGAAUCUCAAUGCUCCCCUCUCUCAAGAGACCUUGUGCAGACAGAGACCACAAAAUAGUCUAUGUCUAUUAAUGUCUAUUAUAUACACUCAGGUGCAGAUCACACGUGUGGCUGUUACCUUUAAUAAAAGUGUAGGUCCAUGCUCUUAACAAUGAAACUUGGAAACUUUAGACUGAUGUAAAGAUAAGCUUUAGAAUCAGUGUUAGCCCUUCAGAGACUGGUUGUAUUUUGUCUGUUUUUUUAUGCUAAAGUUUAAUAAGAAUAUAGGUCCCCUUAUUUUUAUCAAAUAUUGUCCACGUGUAAUGAUGACAAAAGACGGUUGGUAAGAGUCAGUAUCAAGUUGUGGCGCAAUGUUUAGCGUAUGUCGUCACGAUGAUUCGUUCCUGUAGACGCCAUUUGGGCAAAUCGAAUAAAUCAAUGACACGGA